UCGCUCCCUCGCGCGCGGGUGGGAUGGCGCCGCUGCCGCUGCUCCGCCGGCCGGGCGCCCUCCGCAGGCUGGGCCUGCGAUGGCAGCACCGUGCCCCUGUCAAGGUGGUCAAUGAACCUGUCUUAGCCUUCAAACCUGGAAGCCCUGAGCGAGCCGCCCUCCAGAAGGCUCUAAAUGACUUGAAGGGCAAGACAGAAGAGAUUCCGUGCGUUGUCGGGGGCGAGAAAGUGUGGACAACCGAUGUGAGGUAUCAAGUGUCGCCCUUCAGUCGUUUGCACAAAGUGGCCAAAUACUGCUAUGCUGGUAAGGAUUUAUUGAACAAGGCUAUCGUCGCCGCCGUGGGUGCCCGGAAGGAAUGGGAUCUCCGGCCCGUCCGGGACCGCGCGGAGGUCUUCUUCAAAGCUGCCGACGUGCUGAGCGGGCCCAGGAGGGCAGAGGUCUUGGCCAAGACCAUGGUUGGCCAGGCUAAGACGGUCAUCCAAGCAGAGAUCGACACGGCUGCAGAGCUGGCCGACUUCUUCCGCUUCAACGCCAAGCACGCCAUGGAGUUGGAGGGGGAGCAGCCCAUCAGCGCCCCUCCCAGCACCAACAGCCUGGUGUACCGGGGGCUAGAGGGGUUUGUGGCUGCGAUCUCGCCCUUCAACUUCACCGCCAUCGGAGGGAACCUGGCAGGGGCCCCGGCGUUAAUGGGCAACGUGGUCCUUUGGAAGCCCAGCGAUUCGGCCAUGCUCUCCAGUUACGCCGUCUACCAGAUCCUCCUGGAAGCUGGGCUGCCUCCCAACGUCAUCCAGUUUGUCCCAGCUGAGGGCCCCGUGUUUGGGGACACUGUGACCGGCUCAGAGCACUUGGCUGGCAUCAACUUCACUGGCAGCGUGCCGACUUUUAAGCAUCUCUGGAAACAGGUCUCUGAAAACCUGGACCGGUAUCGUACCUUCCCACGGCUGGCUGGGGAAUGCGGAGGGAAGAACUUCCACUUCGUUCACGCCUCGGCUGACGUGCCCAGCGUGGUGAGUGGGACGGUGCGCUCUGCCUUUGAGUACGGUGGCCAGAAGUGUUCGGCCUGUUCCCGCCUCUAUGUGCCCGACUCCCUCUGGCCUCGCGUCAAGGCUGGCCUGCUGGAGGAGCACCGGAAGAUCAAAGUGGGAGACCCAACCGAAGAUUUCGGAACGUUCUUUUCAGCGGUGAUCGAUAGCAAGGCUUUUGGACGCAUCAAGAAAUGGCUCAAACGUGCCGAAUCCUCACCCAAUUUGAGCAUCCUGGCCGGAGGCGGCUGCGAUGAUGCAGUGGGCUAUUUUGUCCAGCCCUGCAUCGUUGAGACGAAAGACCCGAAGGAUGCCAUCAUGCAGGAGGAAAUUUUUGGGCCUGUUCUGUCGGUUUAUGUCUAUCCAGAGAAGGAGUACAAAGAUGUUCUCCACCUGAUUGACAGCACAUCUCCGUACGGCCUCACAGGGGCGGUGUUUGCCCGGGAUAAGGCUGUCAUUGCUGAAGCCACCAAGCUCCUAAGGAACGCGGCCGGGAAUUUCUACAUCAACGAUAAGUGCACCGGUGCCGUCGUGGCCCAGCAGCCCUUUGGGGGUUCUCGUGCCUCAGGGACCAAUGAUAAGCCAGGCGGCGCCCAUUACAUCCUGCGUUGGACAUCUCCCCAGGCGAUCAAGGAGACCCACGAGCCGUUGGGGGAUUGGAAAUACCCCUACAUGCAGUGAUGCGGCUUAAGCGGGCCUUCCACAUUGGCGUGCCGGGCUGCGGCCAUCCUUGCCGAUCUCUCCUAAGGCACCGAAUUGCUAAGGAGUGAAUUGACUUCCUUCUCUACCCUUGGAUAUCUUUGGGGAAUUAAGAGUAACGUUUGCCUUAAAAAAUAGCAUUCUACCGAAAAUCAAAACUUAUUCCUCCCUUUUACUACUGCCACUUGUUAAAAGCUUGUGAAUUUCUCAAGAGAGGCUUUGCUGCUGGACACUCUUAACGCACAUUCUUCAAAUUUUGUACCUGUUUCUGAUAAGUUUUUGCCCCCUCCGUUCGAGGGCAGGGGAGAAGUGGCUUGUGCCAAAAGCGACAUAGUGAAUCUCUUUCGUUAAAGAAACAGUGGAACAGCAAAGAAGGACCCACAUCCAGAGAAAACUGUGGGCAUUGUGUAUCAGAUCAGCAAGAAAACUAAAGUAAACCCACUCCUAAUAAUUUUCUUCUUGCACCUCCUAAGGAAUUUUGGUUGAGAUUUUGCUGAAACGUUUCUCUUGUGGGGCAACCAUCCUCCAGAUUGGAUGCUGGUUCUUCUUAAAUGAUGUGCUUUUGUAAAUCUGAACCCUCAAAUCGGGGACUUUAAAGGGGGCCUCUUGGCAGCUUGCAAACUAAGCCGGGCUGAUUCUCUGCAAAAGCUCUAAAAUCAAGGGACAGAAGAAUAAAUCAAUAGGAAAAAUUAAAUGUAUGAAACUGAGUGACUGAGGAAAGACCGAUGAGCAGCUAAUUUGCAGUACCUUACAGGGCAUAAAACUUAUAAA